UCCACUUUAUUUGAACAUGUUUAAGUUUGGAUUUUUCUUAUUUAUUGCUACUCUGGUAACUUUGAACUUGGAGCUGUGUUUCAGUGCAUGUGCACGUGCGGAAUAUGAGAUAAAUGGGGAAUGCUGCCCCAUGUGUGCGCCAGGAAACCAUGUUUACUGGCAUUGUACUAUCGAUACCAGCACCACUUGUGUUCCAUGUCCGGCAUUAACAUACACUGACGAACCCAAUGGUUUAGAAAGGUGCUUCGCCUGCACUGCUUGUGACGCAGCCAAUGGUCUGAGAGUAAAGAAGACCUGCACACGAUCUUCAGAUACUGUCUGUGAGCCACUAGCAGGAUCCUACUGUAUACAGCGAAAUAAAGAUGGUUGUAGUUUUGCAGUAGAACACUCUAAAUGUCAACCUGGACAAUAUAUCAAACAAGCAGGAACACCUUUUACCAAUACUGAAUGUGGUAACUGCACAGAAGGCUCCUACUCUAAUGGUUCUUUCACCACCUGUCGACCACAUUCAAAUUGUGAGAAAGAGGGACGUAAAGUAAAAACACCAGGAACAGCGUCAUCUGAUGUUGAAUGUGAGGAUUCAGCUUCAGUUGCUGCUAUUGUUGUUGGAACUGUAAUUGGUGCUGGUUUUUGUGUUCUGCUGACUGCUGGGAUCACAACUUAUUUCAAAUUAAAACCUAAAAAACCACAGAACUCUAAAAGAGAUAAUAAUCACCAAGUGUCAGUACAGGAGAGUCCUUUUGUGCAAAGCGAGACCGUGCCAGUACAGGAGAUGGAGGCUUUUGCCCAGAUCUUGAAACUGACAUCUUUAGAUUAUCACAUGAAAGCACAGUCUUGUGUCUAUUGCCACAGCCAUGCUGAUAUUGAGCUGUAUCACAUGACCAUAAAUGUGAUGUUCCUCAUUUCACCAAAGUAA